UCGGCGGGUCCCCAGCCAUGGACACGCUCAGCAUCAUCCUGUUCGCGGUCGUCGCCGCGCUGCACGCGUUCGGCCUCCUGCUGACGCAGAAGCGGAAGCUGGACCCGCUGCGCCUGCUGCGGCCACGGCUGGCCACUGGCGCCGGCCGGCGUCCGCCACGCCCCUGGGGUCUACCUGUCAUCGGCAACAUGGUUCAGCUCGGCCUCAAGCCCAACCCAUACGAGUGCAUGACGGACAUAAGCCGCCGCCUCGGGGCCGUGUAUGCGCUCCGGCUCGGCGGCACCGACGCCCUCGUCGUCAACGACAUGGCCAGCAUCCGCGAGGUGCUCGUCACCAAGGGCGACCAUUUCGACGGCAGGCCCGACUUCCUGCGCUACAACGUGCUGUUCGGAGGCGACAGGGACAACUCUCUGGCGCUGUGCGACUGGUCCAAGAAGCAAGUGUCCAGGAGGAACGUGGCUCGCACCUUUAUGCACGUCAGGCCGGGCACGGACGUCUUCCAGAUGCUCAACGACUCUGUGCUUGCCGAGAUGACCACGCUGGAGCAAGCGCUGAUCGACGCCAAAGGAGCUCCCAUACAGUUCAAGCCACUCAUCCAGAAUGUCUGCUGCAACAUCUUCUCCGACUAUCUUUGCUCACGCAAAUUCUCCCUGGACGAUCCUAAAUUCCAGAAACUCGUGCGCAACUUCGACGAAAUCUUCUGGGACAUCAACCAGGGGUACGCUAUGGAUUUCAUCAGCUGGAUGAAGGUGUUCCGUUUGGGCGCACUGAAGAACCUAGAAGACCUUUCUGUGGACAUCCGACACUUCAUCAACGAGGAGAUCAUCAGUCAUCACAAAGAGAGCUUUGACGUCGAGAAUCCCCGGGAUUUCGUCGAUAUGCUUCUCAAACGCAUGCAGGGCGAGGACGGCUCCCACGAGCAGAUUUCGGAGGUCACGGCCCUCUACGAGCUGGAGGACUUCAUCGGGGGCCACUCGGCUGUCGGCAACAUCAUCAUGCAGACUAUCACACAGAUCGCGCGCAACCCGGAAGUGAUGCGGAAGCUACAGAACGAGCUGGACGACCAAGUGGGCGAUCGACAAAUCAGCCUGGACGAUCGGAGCAGUCUGCCAUAUACGGAAAGCACGAUGUACGAGGCGCUGCGCGUGUGCUCGAGCCCGAUCGUUCCACACGUGGCCUCGCGCCACACAACGGUCGGCGGCUUCGACGUCCAGAAGGGCACCAUGGUGUUCAUCAACAACUACGAGCUGAACAUGAGCCCGCAGUUGUGGUCGGACCCGGCCAAAUUCGACCCGGCGCGUUUCGUGCGAAACGGCGCCGUAGUGAAGCCGCCACAUUUCCUGCCCUUUUCCACCGGGAAGCGCAGCUGCAUGGGCUCGAAGCUGCUCACCAACAUCACUUUCCUGACGGUGGCCACAGUGCUGUCCAAGUUUGACGUGCUGCUGCCCAAUGACGCUCAAAACGUGAGCAUGGUGUCUAAGCAUAUGAAACCCGGUUGUCUUGCUCUACCGGUCGACUCGUUCAGCCUCGUCUUCAAGGAGCGAUCCAUCGGGGAGGCGGCACGUCCCGCGCCCUAGUGGGAGAAGACGGGGACGGGGGCAGCUGGGAGAUGGAGGUCACAGGCACAACCAGGCCUGGUGGCCGCGGCACACACGCCGUGACCGUAUCGGGCUUAUGUACUCUUCAGACGUGGUUUGUCCCUUGGUUUGUCUCCAGGUCAGGACUGUCAUGCGGCCAGGAUGUCUAUUGUUCGGGAGCCUCUUUCCGACUGAGAUGGCUGUGAUCUCCGAUACUUGAUCUCCGUUACGGGGAUGCUCUCAUGCGUCUGAGCACCGACCGCCUCCCCCCCCCCCCCCCCCUCCAGUUGCAUUCCAACAGGUCCUGCGAAGCGCCGUCAAGAUUCGGUUUGUGUCAGCCUCCAGCUGUACAUAUGUAUUUAUUUUUCAAGUUGGCCAUAGUCAUGUAUCCAGCCAAGGGGCGCACAUUUUUCAGGGGUCGCCAUUUUCUUAUGUCAAAGGCGAUUUCAGGUUCUGUGGUGUUUGUAGUAACUCUGGGUAGUACUUAGUACCAUAGCUCCCAAUGAUAUUAAGUGUGUGAUAUUUCUGGAUGAAUCCAUCUGCCUGUUUGCAUGCACCAGCGACCGAUUUGUGUUUUAGCGACCGAUCUGUGGUCAAAAGCGUUAUGAAUUGAUAUGGUUGACAAUAUUGUCUUGAAAACAGCCGGGAGUUUUGCUAUCGCUCAGAAAAUAGACCGACUUCGCAGGCAAAAAUUCUGCUGAAAUCCAGGCAUACAUUUUCAUUACCUGCUUGGUGGCGGCCCAGUGUUCACUAUGAUGUCCACAGAUCGUCAGAAGCGCCACUUUUACCAGUUUUAACAUGCGUUAAUUUGACUGAUAUCUUGUCGAUUGAUGCGUCCGGUCAGCUACUGUGUGGAUUCGUUAUCGUCAUUUGCUAUUCAUAUGUUUGGAGUGAAUAGAUGCUCAGGAGAAAUAAUGUUUACCACGCGCUGGUCGUGAGUGCGUAUCAUGAGAGAGCAGUGUAUCUCAGAUGUUAUCCACUGUGUUAUUGGUUCAGCGAUUGUCUCCGCGCCACAUAGUUACGAUGAUGUGCGCUCCGUUGUUAUCUGUACUUAUGAAAUAAAUGCAGUUAGUAAUA